GAAGCGGCAUUACGGCUGAGUUUUGUAAGUUCAUCGACUGGCUACAGUUCUGCUCGAAGCAGCUUGAGAAGUUCAGAAAUUAGUGACGAUUCACCACUGAACGCUGGUCAUUCUUCAUCUAACGACAUCUUUAUUGGCAGAAAGCUACUAGCGAGAGAAACGUCAUUGUCAGAAGUACGACGCCUGAAACUGGUAAGCAGUGGCACAGUGUCCCAGUUGGAUCGAAUUGCAAUGGAGCUACUGGAAACGGAACGUUCCUACGUCAAUGAUCUCAAUGAUGUUAUACAGGUGAUUAGUGACUACCUAGCUACAAUAAUUUUUAAUGACAGGCAAGCAGUCCUGUUCUUCAUCUGUCACCCUGCUUCCUCGUAUAUAUCGGAGCAGUUUCGGAACUCCCUCAAUGAGUCAAUCUAA